AUGAAUAAUUCACAAGUUGUAAAAAAAGGGUAUAUUGCUGUUAAAGAGGAAGGCUUAAGGGCUUUUCUAUGGUCAAAGAGAUGGUUAUUGUUAAGAGAACAAACUUUAACAUUUCAUCGGAACGAGAAUACAUAUCAAGCAGUUGCGUUAAUUUUUCUUAAAGAAAUUAAAAAUCUUCAAAGAACAGAAUUAAAACCAUAUUGUUUUGAAGUUCAAACAAAAGAUAAAAAUUAUUAUCUUUCUUGUAAAAAUGACGAAGAAUUAUAUUCUUGGAUGGACGAAAUUUAUAGUCGAUCUCCAUUAAGUGGUGUUUCAACUCCGACAAAUUUUGUUCAUAAUGUACAUGUAGGAUUUGAUCCAGUGAGUGGAAUGUUUACGGGAAUGCCUGAUCAAUGGUCAAAGCUAUUAACAGCUUCAGCUAUAACAAAAGAAGAUUAUGAGAAAAAUCCACAGGCUGUUUUAGAUGUGUUAGAAUUUUAUACAGAAAAUCAAAAGAGAGAAAAUGAAGGAUAUGAUGAUCUUGAUGCAAUUGGUCCAAUACCAAGAUAUCCAAAUAAUGUAACUCAAAAGAAACCACCACCAGAAAAAAGGAUUAGUACAAUGACAGAAGCACAAAUUAUGGAAAAACUAAGAUCUGUGGUAACACAGGGAGAUCCAACAUCAAUAUAUAGUAAAAUCAAGAAAGUUGUAGCUAUAAAACAAAUGGAUCUUUCACAUCAACCACGAAAAGAAUUGAUUGUUAAUGAAAUUCUUGUAAUGAAGGAAUCUCGACAUCCAAAUAUUGUAAAUUAUCUUGAUUCAUAUUUAGUAAAAAGUAAUGAACUUUGGGUUAUAAUGGAAUACAUGGAAGGUGGUCCUUUAACAGACACUUGUAAAGGACUUCAGCAUCUUCAUGAACGGAGUAUCAUUCAUCGUGAUAUUAAAAGUGAUAAUGUUUUAUUAGACGCUUAUGGUCAUGUAAAAAUAACCGAUUUUGGAUUUUGUGCCAAAUUAACCGAACAAAAAAAUAAAAGAGCAACAAUGGUCGAAAAUGAACCACCAUACCUAGAUGAAGAACCAUUGAAAGCCCUAUAUUUAAUUGCAACAAAUGGAACUCCAACUUUAAAGAAACCUGAUAAAUUAUCUAUGGAACUUAAAAGGUUUCUGGCCGUAUGUUUAUGUGUAGAUGUUGGAAAACGUUCAACAGCUUUGGAGCUUUUAGAUCAUGAAUUUCUCAAGAAAUCUUGUCCAUUGUCAGAUCUUGCACCUUUACUUAAAUUCAAGACAUCUAAAUAA